AUGAAACUGGAGAAUCGACUCGAUGUCAUCACCAAACGAUGUGGCAGUGUGAUGGCUGAGAAUGCUAAAUUAAGGGAAGUCAUUGAUCACAUGUUGAAGGAAAGGUCGAGCUUUAAUGUGAUGUGGCAAAGAAUGAUCAAUAAAUUGAAUUGUGAGAAGCGUCACAUCAUGGAUUUAGUAGAACAAGCAACCAGCGCAUUCGAUCAAAGAGAAGAGCUUUGUACGAAGCUACAAACACUCAAGGAACGAGGUCAGAGUGACAAAACUAAUCACAUUCAUGAGAUGAAAGAACUUCAACGGAAAUUGGAUCACGAUGCGAAACUUCAGGAAUUCUUGGCCAUCAAAGGCCAGCAAAGGUUGAAUACAGAACAGCAAGAGCGUGAAGCCGAUAAGCGAAGGAAGAAAUUAGAAGAAAUGGAACGUCAGUUUAUGGAAUACGAUAAGAUUUUCCAGCGGAUUAUUCUUCUUUCGGGUGAAAAAGAAACCGACAAAAUCAUUUCAAAGUUCAUUAAAGAGGAAGAAGAGAAUUACGCGCUCUUCAAUUACGUCAACGAGUUGAGUCACGAAAUCGAACAAUUGAACGAGACCGUGCAACAGUUGCAAGAUAGCAUCGAUGAACAGAAAGAAAUCAGGGAAAUGAAGAAAAACUCACAGGAUGACAACAUUGAACUGUUGAAAGAAGAAGCAUUGAAACAAAAGCAAUCUGCUGACGAAGCGAGUGAUUACAAGAACGAAUGUGAAGCGACAUUGCUUGAGAUAUUGAAAGCAGUCGAAAGACUUUACAAGUAA